AUAAUUUAACAAGGGCGGCGUAUUUUAGGGUUCUUGUGAAAAUGGCUAUGGCGCUCGCCAGCGCGCCGGAGCUUCUCCACCAGGGGCCGCAAUGCGAGCAGCAGCGGAGCGGCAGGCAUGGCAGCGGUAGCGCCGCUCUUCCCGUGCGGUUUCGGGGCAGAUCGAAGCGGCUGUCGUGCACAGCUAGGGCGUCGAAAAUGCAGCACAGUAGUUUCUCUAGCGAGCGGUUUUGGUCCCCGGAUGCAACGAUUCAUGAUGGAUUGUGGUCGAUUAGGAGAGAUUUGGAGGUGCCGCCCUCGGCAUAUCUGGGAGGUGCUUACGCUGCUGGGCAAGGCCAAGGUCCACCUCCCAUGCUACAAGAGCGCUUUCAGAGUGUUAUCACUCAGCUCUUCCAGCACCGGAUAAUUCGAUGCGGUGGAGCUGUUGACGAUGAUAUGGCAAAUCUCAUUGUUGCGCAGCUUCUCUAUCUGGAUGCUGCGGAUCCAAAGAAGGAUAUUGUCAUGUAUGUAAAUUCACCUGGAGGUUCCGUUACCGCUGGAAUGGCCGUGUUUGACACCAUGAGGCACAUUCGUCCGGACGUGAGUACUGUCUGUGUUGGUCUCGCUGCAAGUAUGGGUGCUUUUCUUCUUAGUGCAGGCACAAAAGGAAAGCGUUAUAGUUUACCAAAUUCUAGGAUCAUGAUUCACCAGCCGCUCGGUGGCGCUCAAGGACAGCAGUCCGACAUUGAGAUCCAGGCCAAUGAAAUCUUGCAUCACAAAGCGAACUUGAACAGCUAUCUAUCUUAUCACACCGGGCAGCCACUGGAAAGGAUAAUUCAAGACACCGACCGGGAUUUCUUCAUGAGUCCCAAGGAAGCUCAAGAGUAUGGCCUCAUUGACGGUGUCAUUUCCAAUCCACUGAAAGCGCUAUCACCACUUCCAGCUCCGGCAGCAGCUUGAGGAGAGUUCUCUUCUAGGAACGAAAUAACGAGCGGAGCUUAUUCUACUUCGUGAUUGAUUUGGUGUACUGGUAGUACUGGUACUUCAUGAUGGGAACUUCGUCAGCUCCAUUCCCCGUGAUAAAGAAGUAAAGGUAGCCGGCUAUGAAGGCCGUGAGAAAGAGCGAGAGCACGGCGAUCCAGAGCUUACUUCGGAAUAGUUUGGCCAGGGAUUUCUCUAGGCCUACUGGUGAGAUUGCUUGGUCUUCUUUUUCUCCUGUGGAUUCUGGCUUGUUGGUAGCUCCUGCCACAAUAGAUGGAUUUCUUAGCAUUC